GACUGGGGCGGACAGGCUUUUAACUCCGGUAAUCUCCUGGCGUAAGGUAUCUCCGCCAAAAAACAGGGGACAGAGAAAUGUUUUUGGAAGCUUUAAAUCAACAAGUUGUGCGCUCCCAUUUGUCCGAUACCUCGCUGGACUCAACGUGUGCCUUCAGAUGCUAAACUUGACGCGGCCAACGGCGUGAUGACGGACCCCGAAAAAGAAGCCCAAGCCGAAAACAACAAGGCGCUACAGAGCGAGGCCACUCGCGAUGUCAACGAGGCUACAGCCGACGGUCACGGUGGUGACCCCGAGCAGAAUGGAGCGAACGAGACCCCCGCGGCACCUCUCUACUCGGUCUUCUCACCGGGCACGAAGAAAUUCCUUGUGUUGAUGAUCGUUUUCGCCACUUUUUUCUCGCCUUUUUCGUCGUCCAUCUACCUGCCCGCCAUCACGCCCAUUGCGGACGACUAUGGCCGAUCGGUGGCCGACAUCAACUUGAGCGUGACGACGUACCAGAUCAUGCAGGCCCUGGCGCCGCUGUUUUUUGGCGACCUCAGCGACCAAAUCGGCCGUCGCCCGGUCUACAUGCUCAGUUUCGCCAUCUACCUCGGCGCCAACAUCGGGCUGGCGCUGCAGCACAGCUACCCGGCCUUGAUGGUGCUGCGCGCCCUGCAGAGCACGGGCAGCAGCGCGACCGUGGCCAUCGGCAACGCCGUGAUGGCCGACUUCACCACCAGCGCUGACCGCGGUGGCUUCAUCGCUGCGGUGCAGGCUAGCAUCAUGUUUGCCCCCGCUCUGGCGACGACGCUGGGCGGCAUCCUGUCCCAGUUUCUCGGCUGGCGGUCGACCUUCUGGUUCUUGGUCAUCACCGCGGGCGUGUUCCUCAUCAUCUACGUGCCGCUUGUGCCAGAGACUGCCCGCAACAUCGUCGGCAACGGUUCCAUCCCGCCACCCGCCCUCAACGCCUCUCUCAUGUCUCAGCGUUACUGGCGCAAGAGGCGCCGCAACCACCAAGCCCAUGCCGAGCAAGAACCGCUCCCAGAGCCCAAGAAACUACCGCUGAAGGUGCCCAUACCGAACAUCUUCGCUGCCGUCGUCAUUGUGCUUGAAAAGGACGUCGGCCCCAUGAUGCUCUUCAUGUCGCUCUUCGUCAUGGCCAACUACGCUCUCAUGGUGCCCAUCCAGGACGUCAUCCGCCGGCGAUACGACUUCAACGACCUGCAGGUCGGCCUCUGCUAUAUCCCCUUCUCCGUCGGGUCCGUGAUUGGCUCUGCGGUCACGGGCAAGCUGCUCAACUGGAACUACGCCCGCGUGGCUCGCAGCAUCGGCGUGUCUCCCGACCGCAAGCGGGGCGACGACCUACGCAAGUUCCCCAUUGAGCGGGCCCGCCUCGACCUCAUGUGGCCCUUCACCGCCUUGGCCGUCGCCACCAUCGCCGUCUGGGGCUGGGUCGUCACGGCGGGCGUAACCCUGGCCGCGCCGCUCAUUAUCCUCUUCCUGGCCGGCCUUAGCUUGGCCGGUCCGGUUUCCAUUCUGACUACCCUGCUGGUCGACCUUUAUCCAAUGAACCCGGGCCGCGUCUCGUCCACCUUCAACCUGACCCGCGCCGCUUUCAGCGCCAUCGGCACGGCCGUAGUACAGUACAUGAUAGAAGCCUGGGGGUAUGGCUUUACUUAUCUCUUUUGGGGAUUGCUCGUGGCAGCGGCGAGCCCGACGGUGUUCAUGGUGCGGAAAUGGGGUCCCGGCUGGCGGGAGGCGAGGUACCAGCGGUUGGAGAAGAAAAGGAAUGGGACAUAAACUCCUGUUUCGGGUGUUUACCAGGUACUCUC